UGGCAAUCUCAUUCCAACAUUCAAAGCCACUCAAACAUCACACAAUAAAACAAAGUUAACUUAACAACAGCCUCAAUUUGCUUCAUCACUCAUACUCACAAACACAAAAACAAAGUUAAUACUAGUACCAUUGAAAACCAUUGAAGCAUUAAAAGGUUAUGGCUUUUCUUCUACCAAACUUACAACCUUAUCUCCUAACUCAAUCAAAAUCCAAAGACAAACUCCUUCACCAAACUCUUUCAUCACUAAAACCCACUUCACAUUUUCUUGUAUCUUCCACUUCAUAUGAUUCUUCUUCUCCCUUAGCCACCCUUCAAACUCCAACUUCACAGGUUAACACACCACCAAGUGUUCAAGAUAAACAUCAACAACAGCUGCCAAAAGAUGAAUUCUAUGUCAACCUUGGACUUGCUGUGAGAACUCUACGUGAAGACAUGCCUAUGAUCUUCAUCAAAGACCUCAAUUAUGAUAUCUAUAGGGAUGAUAUAACAUUUUUGGACUCUUUGAACACAUUUACUGGAAUUGAAAAGUACAAAUUGAUCUUCUGGGCAUUGAGGUUUCAUGGAAAACUCUUGUUUCAUGACAUAGCACUUGAUGUAUAUAGAGUGUGGCAACCUUCAAAGAAUGUGAUAUGGAUUAGGUGGAACCUUAAGGGCGUGCCGCGUGUCCCUUGGGAAGCUAAAGGAGAAUUUCAAGGUACUUCAAAGUAUAAAUUGGACAAGAAUGGCAAAAUUUAUGAACACAAAGUUGAUAACUUGGCAUUCAAUUUUCCCAAAAAUAUUAAACCAGUUUCAGUUUUGGAUUUUGUUACUUCAUGCCCUGCUAGUCCAAACCCUACAUUUUUGUGGGGUCGUGUGGAUGUUUACUCUUCUUCAUGGAUAACUUUAUAUAAGGCAGUUAGGGAGACUUUGAAUCAAGAAGGGAGUUUGCUACCACAAGAUGGUCUAGCUCCAUGCUCGUAAGUAUCAUCUAUCAGGGACGGAUCCAGAAAUUUUAAGUCGCAGAGGUAUAACUCGUAUCUGUAAAGUUGUAGGAGUGAUACUCGUAUAAUAUAUGGUGUAUAGUACAUGUUGAGGCUACCAAUAUAUUACAAUAUAUACACUAUAAUAUUGAGUUUAUCGAUGUCGGCUAUGUGGAUCCGCCCGUGUAUAGAGCUGAGCUUAAUAGGUUAGAUAUAACGAAUUUAAAUGGUUUUUCUUCAAUGAUAAGAGUGUAUAUAGAUAGGCAAGGAUACAGAAGUGUUGAAGUUGCUCAUUCUGUUGUUGGAGGAAAUGUAGAUUCCUAUGUUUGAUGAUAUAUAUGAUAUACAGUUCGUAUUCUAAAGUUAAUUUAAUAA